AGUCACAUCCAUCCGUGCCGCUCGCUCGGUCGUUGUCGUUGUCUGAUUUGUGAUUUUCUAUAAAUUAAUACAAUUUUCAUGAAACAUAACGGAAAAUGCCGCGUAACUGUGAAACUUUUUGUUAAGUAUAUUGUUAAUUAAUCUGUGUUUGAUAAGUAUAUCACCAUGUGUUUAACAAUUUCCUAGUCUGUUUAUCAUGUGUGGCAAAGUAUCAAUAAAAGAAUGAAACAUACUUGUGCUUAAUAUCUAUCUGGAAAAUUGGUGAUUCUACAAUGGAGCACUCCGAUUUGGUUGCGGAGAUGGCCCAGGUGGAGCAUAUGACCACCCAGGAGCGAUUGCAUUUAGCUCGCAGGCGGCGUAUGAACCAGCUGAAGAUCUGGCAACAGAGGGAGAAAGAGUGGGCGCGCUCGAGGCCAAAACGAGAGAAGAGUACCAAGAGGAAUAUCUUCUUUAAUGAUAGCGUGAUGCUUUUGGAGGCCGCUGCCAGGAAUGAUAUCGACGAAGUGCGCCGACUGCUUGCACGAGGGGUGACGCCCGACGCUACCAACGAAGACGGCCUCACAGCUCUCCACCAAUGCUGCAUAGACAACAACGAGGCUAUGAUGCGAUUACUCCUAGACCACGGCGCCAACGUCAACGCAGAAGACAGCGAGAAAUGGACGCCUUUACACGCGGCCGCUACAUGCGGUAACUUAAACUUAGUGAGAAUAUUAAUACAGAGAGGAGCUAAUUUACUAGCGGUGAAUGGAGAUGGGAAUAUGCCAUAUGAUAUAUGCGAAGAGGAGAGGACGUUGGAUGCGAUUGAGAGUGAGAUGGCGGCGAGGGGAGUGACGCAAAGAUUGAUAGACGAGACGCGGGCGGCCACUGAGAUGAAAAUGUUGAUGGACGUGGCGGAACUGGUCAAGGAUGGAAUGGAUUUGGACGAGCCGAGGGAUAACCAGGGUGCUACUUUGUUACACAUAGCGUCGGCAAACGGCUACAUUAAAGUGGUGGAGUUUUUACUGGAGCAUCGCGCGUCUACUGAUGUUGUGGACCACGACAUGUGGCAACCUGUACACGCGGCCGCCUGCUGGGGUCAUCUAGAGGUAUUAGAGUUAUUAGUGCAAUAUGGAGCUGAUCUCAACGUGAGGAAUAAACACGAUGAAACGCCAGCGGAUAUCUGCGAAGAGGGCGAAAUGCGCGCGCGCAUACUGCGGCUGUCAGCGGAACAAGAGGAGCGGCGACGUCGCGCACUGCACGCCGCGCACUCCGCCGCGCGCUCCACCACCGCCCGCCGCUCCUCCUCCAGCGCCAGCACCAGCAGGGUCCGAUCUGUUCGGCGGACGUCACUUCGCGAGAAACAGUUGGCAGCGAAAGCGGACGCGAGGGGCGAAGCCCGACUGCGGGAAACCUUCGAUUCAGUCGCUGUGGAUGACGAAUUACAGGGUUUGUCAAACGGCGUGGAAAAUGACCAAAAUACUGCCAACCUACAACCGCAAGAUCUCACGCACAAGAGGCUCUCCACCAGUUCUACAAAUUCCAACCAAAGUUACGACUCCAAUGUCGACUACGCGGUCCCUAAACAUACCUACAAUCAGCGCACUAACAAAGCGGCCGAUGGAAGCGAAGCAACAGAAAACAACGUCGCGUAUCAGCCUAAAGCCACAAAUCCAUUAUUCGGUGUUAACGCCGCCUCUCACUACGCCCCUGGGUCCCUAUCCCACGAUACGGUCAAUGAUCAAAUUAAACUUUAUGAGAGAAAUCUUCCAAACGGUGUCCGUAAAGCGCCAGAAGGGCAGGACAACGAGGCGUUCAAAGUUGAAGAUGUUAUAGACGGUAGGAAAGAGGUGAUAGUGAGCCCGGGACAGAUCGCGCUCACUGAAGGCAGCACCGCUUACACCACAAACGAUAAUGGUAAAAUCAAUGUUCAUGUCACCGUCAUGAUUAACGCAGGCACGCUAGCUGACUUGAAGAAACAGCGGUCACAAAUUAGAACGAACGGGAGUCCUGUUGAGAAUAGUCUUUCGUCGACGAACAACCACAGUAUAAACUCGAUACCAGAAGUGUCGAAGCAAGAUAUGCCGGUACAACUGAACCCGUUAACUUUGUCUCCCAGCACCGGCGCCGUGCCACGAUUCACCGGCAACACUAGUGAUGUGGUCGGCGACACUCGGUCACACAGGUGCUGUAUCAUCAUGUAGAUAGAGACGGUAUGGAUAGCGUCACAUCACUAAGGAGCGUACAAGUCUGAUUGUCAUUCCAAAUACUUGAUUAGGGUAGCCAGACGGUUAUUAUGUGAUAUGUUCGGAUUGUUUCAUCUAUUGUCACGUCUGGAAUUUGUUAUUUAAACGGCGUAUAUUGCCGAUGGAGUAUUGCCAUUCUUGCUGAGGUAGCAGCGGCUUGCCAAUGUGCUAGGAAACAGUGUGAUAGUGCUGAACGAGCUCAACGGUUAUCUAGAUAAGGGAUAAUAAAUGGUUGCUAAUAUUUUAUAUAGUGUUAGAAAUGAAUCCUAUAAUAUGUAAAAUUUAUUGUAGAAUAGAAUUUUAUAUUUAAGUAUUUGAUUAUUGUAGAUUUUUCGCCUUAUUAUCUCCUGAACAUUCCGUGAACUGUAUUAUUUAUAUAAAGAUAUAUUGUGAUUAUAUUAUGAAUGGGAAUACAAAUAAAAUAUUUAUUUAUCAGUAUUUCAAAUGUGAAAGUGAGCGUAAGAACAUGAGAAAGAAAGGUACCUAAUUAAUGUAUUAAAUUUCUGAUUAAAAUUGAAACUAUUGCAAUAAAUACAAAGUGAUCGUCUGAAGUGCCUCAGCUAUUAGUUGAGCUGAUAUGAUGAAAGUGUAUGUAAAUCAUAAUUUAUUAUGAAAAUUCCUAAUCUAUAAUUUUAUAAUCCGUUGAAUGUUAAAAGUAAAAGUUGUUCAGAUUUCAAACCUAAAUGAUCGAAAAUUUACGAAACUGCGAUAAAUGCCUUACUUAGCCCGAACAUUUCUUUUAGAGGACCAUUUGAUGGGAAUAAAAUAACCAUAGAAGAUUUAAAUUGGAUUGAUUUUUAUUCAAAUCCAUGUUUUAAUCACUCGCAUAAACUCAAUUGCAGCAGUAUUAAACCUAAACACAACUUUUUGAUGUUUUUUUUUUGUAGCGGGUAGUUGAGAAAGCCAUUAUUGCGGUCGCGCUGUAAAGUAAUAUUCGACUUGUCAGACCUUACAUAUGAAAAAAAAUUCUGCGUGUUUUUGCAUUUAUUUUUAAAUUUUAAAGGUGUAUUUGAUACCAUAUACAAAUAAAAUUAAUGUCUUGUAUGCUACAAAAUGAUAAACGCGUGCAUUUAAUUCUUAUAAAUAUUACAAAAUAUAUUAUCGUAAUGUUACUGGUUCUUCCGAGUAUGUUUAUAAAUACAUUUUUAUAUCGCAUUUACAUGAUUCUUGCAUUUUAAGUACGAGACGUUGGCCGAAUUAAAAAUUAAGGAAAUUAGUUUAAUUAUAUUCCUUAUGAUCAAUUGGAGGCAUAGAAUACUUCGUGUAAUAAAGUUAUAUAAUUACAAAUACGCAUUGAGGGCUUUCUCGAACUUAUUAAUUAAACCUUAAAGUAAAAAUUAUCUAUGUGAGUGAAUUUUUAUUCGUUAUAGGAAUUUUCACAACAUGUUAAGUUGGUAAUAAGGAAAUAGGUGUCUAUAAAAACUGAGAGCAAAUAGUAAAAAGAAUACUAUUCUUAUACAAAUUAGAAAUACUUAUGAAAAAAUUCCAUACGGGACAUCUUUAAACUUGUUUUUUAUUGAUACCCACGAUGUAAGGAUAAAAAAGGCAUUAAAUUUCUAUUGAUAAGACUUAAUAUCGAAAGCCUUAAAUGCCCACGUCUGUGGUGUUGUGUUCUUUACUUUGUGUUAAAUACUCAAGUUGUGCCAAUUUUUUUCUAUCUGUCAAACUGAAAGCACUGCUUCGUUGUAUUUUUUAUAAUUAUAAAUAAUUACCUUUGCAAAACACUUACUCAAAACAAGCUAAUCUUUUUAUUAAUAAAAAUUUUUGCUCCAUGUAUGUUUAACUUGUUAAGUUAAAGAACUGCCUUACGGCGUUUUUAUUCGCCCAUCGCUCAAUAAAAUAUCAGCAACACUAAAUAUUUUUUUAAUGUUACCAGCGCUCAUAAUUUUCUAAUAAUUUUGUAGAUGUUCUUCAAACUAUGGUAUUGACAUUGUCAGUUAUAAAUUCUGAAUUAUAAUUAUGAGUGAUAUUCAAUGUUGUUCAUGUAUUUGAUACUUAGGCGUUGUUACAAUUACGUUCUAGUGCGAUUAAUUAAAGUAGGAAAUAAAUCUUUAAUAAAAUCAUAUGACCCCAAAUCAAACAAACACUUUUAACCAAUUAAAAGUGACCUGUCAUCGACCAUUUAAAUAUAUAGCUGUCUCGUACUUUCUGUAUGAGUGAGACAAGGACGGUAUCAUAAAAUGUUCGUUUGACAAAAUCACUUUUGUCUAGAAUUAAUCUUAAAUCGAUAAAUAAUAAGCUUGAAAUUGUGGUUACGUAGAAAUUAAUAAAAUUUCCAGUGUUCAAUAUCUGUGUUACUCCAAAACGUAGCUCCACAUUCCAUUCAUGAUAUUGUAACAUUUUAUAAAUAAUAAAGAUAUAUUUAUCACUCGAUGUUAGUUCCCAUCCAUUGUAAUCUAUUCGUCCAUAUCUUAGUCAUUAGUGUUACAUUAGAUUGUGUACUUAAAAUUAUAUAUUUGCUAUUGAAAUAUAUAUUUUUAAUAUAAAACUUACUUAGGGGUAUACAAAGCUAUAUUAAAGAUUCUACAUUUCAUUGUUUUUAUUUCCAGUAUUAUUUUUUGAAAGCAUUUCCAGCAUAUUGUGAUACUAUUGUAAUUGGUUAUUAUUUACUUGUGGAACAUUUUUAAGACUUUUCAGACUAGACACUAAAUAUUUACUCACAAUCACUAAACUAUGGAAGCAAAACUUGUUUUAUGAUUUCAAAGAGCCCUUCUACAAGUUUACUUAUUUUACAGUAAAUAAAUUACUAUUGUAAUACAUACAUAUAUCGAGGGAUUUAUUCCGUAAAAUCGGCUCGUACGCCCCGCUUUUUGUGUAUCCCAUCUCAAUUUAAAUUUGACUAUGUUAGAGAGCAGCUGGCUUUGCUCAAAAUUCAUGGUCUUCAGACUGGGCUUCUUAUGUAGAAAAACAAGGGGCUAUAUUGAUCUUAACAGGCAGGCUUAAGUUGUAAGUUCGAUAUAUCCAAAGUAAUCAAUUGCUUAGAUUUACCCUUUGAACGUCACUGCUACCAGUAGAUAAAGGUGUCCAGUCCGGGCGGUCUUAAAUGUCAAAUAAUAAUUUUGUUUUCGUCUAUAAACUGGGUUGUGCAGACAUAGUCUUGCCGGUAAUUUCCAAGAGCCUUAUUGUUUAAUUAGUGUUUAUAACAGAUAUGUUAUAAAACUUCCAUGUUACAUAUGUCUUAUUCCUAAAAACUUUGUAUUUAUUCCUAUCUAUUACAUGUGUAAAAAGUCAUGAUUCCUAUUAAAAUGUUUAUAUAAGAAUCAGUUCCGUUUAUAUAGAAAAAAUAUUGCAAUUACCUGUUAUGAAAAUGAAAUAAGAUAUUUUUCAGAUACAUGCUUAUUGGAAUUAGAGUUCUCGAAUCAAUAUUUUUAAUAUAAAAAGAGUUAUUAUAAACCAGUGCCUCUUAUCAUCUUGCCUUAACAAAUGUGAACCUUUCGUUGAUUUUUAUUAUAAAAAUGUUUAUCUUAAAAUUAAAUUUGUUCUUAUGAAAAACUCCCGUAGAUGAAUUAGAACUAAAUAAAAUUAAAACUUGGUAGUGCUUCUUGUUCUUAUACGUAAGUAUGUAUAUAAAGUGUAUAAUAAUAUUUAUGUCUCCUUGGAUAAAUUGUUCUGACUCCAUUUCAACUAGAUACCUUGAUAGGAACUCCUACUCUUCAUGUGAUUUUUGUAUAUAAACUUUUCACUGGAAUGUGAUCCAUAAAAAAAACGUGAAAUAAUGAUAAUUCAAAUUCUCUGCAAAACUGUACAUGUGAUUGCCUGUAAGGUUGUUUAUACGAUCCAAAGUUUAUUAGCUUUUACCUUAAUCGUUAUUUAGAUUUAUAUAUUUUCUUUUUGUAUGAAGCUACAAUGGUAUCUAGUAGAUGCGCAGCAGACCAAUCUUUGGUCAUAAUAAAAAUUUCGUCACAACAGUGUCAAAACGAAGUGUUCUUUAAAGUAGUGACGCCACACAUCACUAUAUUGAUUUUAUAGAAACUAGAUAUUGUACUUAGAAUUUUCUACUGUUUUUAGAAGUUUACAAUUUAGAUGGAAAUAAAUGUUUCCGCCUACACUGUUUUACCCCGUAUUAAUGUUAUAAAAUAAUUCAGCUCAAUAAAUUGUUAUAAUAGUGUAGUAUGUGUAUACUCUGCGGUGUUAAAAUCAAAAUAAUGUCUGUCUUGCCUUCCAUUGGACCAUUUUGCCACAUCCUAUACAAUAGAAGUGAAUAUAUUAAAACUGUGUUGCUUUAAAUGCGGCAUAUUGUACUUACUUCCCUUUAUACAUAGUUUCUUGCCAAUGGGAAAAAAUGUCUGACUACGGAAUUUUGUUUGCAUGCAGAAUUAGAGCAAAUAAACUCAAAUAUGCUCGCCGUAUUAAAAUCUGGUACAUUUGUUCUAUGUCUGCUAAUAAAGGUUUGCCUAGAUAUUUAUUUGAAGUGUUGCUACUGAAAAUCCAAUGAUUUACCGGUGAUUCUUUAUUCUGGUAACUUAAGUUAAUUUAUGUCUAAAGAGGCAAAGUUCUCCGAUUCCCUAAGUAAUAUAUGUAUAAUAAUAUUCAGCUGAGCUUCUUAGGUUAUAAGACCAUAUCAAAACCCCGGGUUGUACAAUAUUCAAUUUAUGAAACAUUUACAGUUUUUAUGGGAGAUUAGUAGCAUUUAGUGAAAUGUAUCUAAUAUACAGUGAAACGGUGUAAAUAGAUUACAGAAAGUACUUAGAGAUAAGUUUGGACUGAUCAAAAACCUUGGAAAAUAUAUAAGGUACAUUUCACAAGAUCAUACAUACAAAUUAAAAUCAAAUGAAUUUAUUUAAUUUGUUAUUUUUGCAAUAAGGUUUAGGCCUGACUAGUCAUUAUUUUCUAUCUUGCUCUAUCAUUCGAUGGUUUUUCAAACUCAAAAGAAAGUAUAAAAACAUAAUAUUUAUGAUAUAAUUGUCAGGCCUAAAUCUUACAUAAAAAAAUGUGAUUAUUCCAAUUAUUUGAAAUUUGUGCUCAGAUUAUCAAAAAAUUAGAAACAUAUUGGUAAUUAUUAUGUAUAUAAACUUCCUAUUGGUUACGUGAAACAAAUAUUUAUUCUUGGAAAGCCCUUAUCCUAUUUGUGGGUAUCUACGGUCGGUACUUACCUGUCCCAAGCGUAGCUAAAAUGUCACAAAAUAAUAAAGUGUUUGGGAUCUUUUUACCGUUAGAUGGCGCUUUUCAGUUUGACAGGUCAAUUAAUAUUUUUGAGCUUCUUCAACAUUUUAUAUUGGGCAAAAAUGCCACCAUACAAAUUAUCAGGUUUCUUAAAAAUAAUAAUACCAGUAUCGAUAAUUCAUGCGUGCGCCUUUUUUUUCUGUUUUUAAUAGUUUAUGUAAGUAGAGCCUUAUUUUGACAAAUGACAUAUUACUAUCAAUCAAUUCCAUAUCUUUUUCGAUUGCGGUCAAGGUUAUAUAAAUUUUUCUGGGCAAGUGGCACCGACCGGCAAAUGAAGCAAAUGGGUAGAAGAAUUAGUUUUACACUACUGUCUGAAUGUCAAAUAUAUUUAUAAGGCGUGACGUAUAAAUUGAGGUAAAUGAACUGAGAUCGUGGUAAAAGGUAGAAGGUCGAAAUGGUCAAAUUUGGCCAUUUCUUGCAAUGUUUCACGAACUGAGUCGCGUAAUGCUUCAUAAUAAAUCAAAGUAAAAUAAUUAUCUUAAAUUAUUUAAUUUCAGUGUUAAUUUUUUAUAAGUAUUUGUACCAUUUGGUAGAUACGAACCUCUUAAAAACAGUCUUCUGUUUCUUCAAAAAGGUCUAUCUGUUAGCUCUACCAGAUUAUGGUAUUAGAAAAUUACUUACCUACCACAUGUUCGUUGUGAAAACAUCUUAUGCCCAUUUAUCUCGAAGUUACGUCAUUAUUUGUAUUCGUAGUACAAUUACCAACAAGCAAUGCACAUCCGAAUACCCAAUGCAAAAUGCCUACUGUUACUUUUAUAUUGUUAUUUGUUUGAUUUUGUAAAUAAUGAGGUGUUUGGUAUAAAUUGACCUUUGACUUCAUACAAUAGUGUGAAUUCUAUUUUCUUUGCGUAAAAAUAAAUCGUUUGUUUAAAUCAA